AUGGCGCCACUCACAAACGCUUCCCGCACGUUUGUGCGCUCCGUCCCGCGAUGCUGCAAGCCUACGCUGCCCGUCCGCGCCCUCAGCACGACACCGGCCCGCAAUGACGCCUCUGCCAGCUAUGAGAGCCCGUUCAAGGGCGAGAGCAAGGCCUCAAAGGUCCCCAACUUCGGCCACUACAUGGCCAAGAGCAGCGGCAACACGAACCUGAUGUUCCAGUACUUCAUGGUCGGAACCUUGGGCGCAAUCACUGCUGCUGGUGCCAAGUCGACGAUUCAGGAAUUCCUGAAGAACAUGUCGGCAUCAGCUGAUAUUUUGGCCAUGGCCAAGGUUGAGGUCGAUCUCGCUGCUAUCCCCGAGGGCAAGAACGUUAUCAUCAAAUGGCGAGGCAAGCCCGUCUUCAUCCGACACCGAACUCAGGGCGAGAUCGACGAGGCGAACAAGGUCAACAUCCAGUCACUAAGAGAUCCCCAGGCGGACGAGGACCGUGUUCAGAAGCCCGAGUGGCUGGUCAUGUUGGGUGUCUGCACACAUCUGGGUUGUGUCCCCAUCGGCGAGGCUGGCGAUUUUGGAGGAUGGUUCUGCCCCUGCCACGGUUCUCACUACGACAUCUCAGGACGUAUAAGGAAGGGACCUGCCCCUCUCAACCUCGAGAUUCCGGCAUACGACUUCCCCGAGGACGGGAAGCUUGUCAUUGGUUAA